CUGCGGUAACGUUUAGACGAAAUAAAUAGGUAGCUUAAACAUGAUAAUCGCUGCAGCAAUUGUGUUGGCGGCAGUAUUUCAAAAAGGCUUCUCUACAGAUGACGUAACAAAAGAUGAAGUGAAAGAACUAUACGCAAAUUUUUUAACGACAUUGAACCAAACGGCAAACGAAACUUUAGCAGACAUUGAGCAAAACGUCUUGGAGUUCGAGGACAAUGUAUUCCAAGCCUUGUACUACGCGAAGUAUUACCUUAUGACCGAAAAAGAUGUCUACAAUUUUGACGACUUCGAGCGAAUUAUGAGAAAAGCUCAGGAACAAGGCACAAACUUUAGUCACUGUUCACCACUUAUUACCGAGUUUUUAAACUUAGACACUCUGCUUUGGCCUAACCUUACCAGCUGCAUAAAUUCCACCAGUGAUGAAGCGGAAGCUCUAAUUAAAAUCUACAAGGCCAAUUAUUCAUCUACAAUCGAAAAUCUACCGGUUUUAGAUGAUGACAUAGAUAAAUGUUCGGAUCAGGAAUGCCUGCAGAGUUUGCUAGACCAAAUUACGGAACUCGGCGAAAGUAUACCGGCCCAAAUUUUAGAAUUAAGAUCCAACAUUGAAGCUGUAAAUAUUCAGUAUUCGAACGAGAUUAAUACGUGCGUCGCGAAUGCCAGAAUAGACUUGUCAGUUCGAGCAAGGAUCAUUAUGAGCGAAUACGCUAUCUGUACGGGAGUUGAAACAUUCAAAAAUUUGUACACCAAGAUACAUUUGAACAAUAGAGAUUAAUAA